AUGCAGUUCAAGGCGAUUGUCCUCUCCGGUGUUCUCGGCCUGGUUGCCGCCCAGUCUUCUGAUGUCGCCUCCCUGGUCGCCGAGCUGCCAUCCUGCAGUCUGACCUGUCUCCUCGCGGGAGCCAGUGCUGCUGACUGCGAGUCCAUGGACUACUCCUGCCAGUGCAACAAGCAAGAUGUUAUUGUCGCCAAUGCUACCUCUUGCUUGACCAGCUCAUGCAACACCAAUGACAUUGCCACAACCCAAACCGUUUCUCAGCAAAUCUGCGAGGCCGUCACAGGGGGAAACAGCACUUCCUCCUCUAGCACCGGUAGCAACGCCACAACUACUGGUUCCAGCACCUCUUCGUCCGCCUCUGCGUCCUCUACCGGCGCCGCUGGCUCCAGUGCUGGCUCUCGCCCUGAGCUUUACGGUCUCGGGCUGGCUGCCAUCGCCGGAGUUGCUGGUCUCAUGAUGGUCAUGUAA